AUGGAUACUUGCAACGCUCUCUCCUACCCUCUAAUGAAUACUUGCAACACUCUCUCCUACCCUCUUAUGAAUACUAGUAACGCUCUCUCCUACCCUCUUAUGAAUACUUGUAACGCUCUCUCCUACCCUGUUAUGAAUAUUAGCAACGCUCUCUCCUACCCUCUUAUGAAUACUUGCAACGCUCUCUCCUACCCUCUUAUGAAUAUUAGCAACGCUCUCUCCUACCCUCUUAUGAAUACUAGUAACGCUCUCUCCUACCCUCUUAUGAAUAUUAGCAAUGCUCUCUCCUACCCUCUUAUGAAUAUUAGCAACGCUCUCUCCUACCCUCUUAUGAAUACUAGCAACGCUCUCUCCUACCCUCUUAUGAAUAUUAGCAACGCUCUCUCCUACCCUCUAAUGAAUACUUGCAACGCUCUCUCCUACCAUCUUAUGAAUACUAGUAACGCUCUCUCCUACCCUCUUAUGAAUACUUGCAACGCUCUCUCCUACCCUCUAAUGAAUAUUUGCAACGCUCACUUCUACCCUCUUAUGAGAACUAAAACCAAUUUAAAGACACGGGUUCUCUUGCAACAAAUCUAUUUAAAUACCAUUUCAAAGUUGAUAUUUAAUUCGAUAUCUCUUAAUGGAAAGUUUUACUCGUAA